AUGACCUCUCUGCUACUAGCUCUUCCACAAAGCCUCAGACUUUCUCGAGCGUCAAGAUGCUCAAUCACAGAACUUUCGCCCGCUAUCAGUGACCAGGCCUCCAGAUUCAUCGACGGAGUCAUCUCCCUAAUAUGGCCUUAUUCGAGUUCCACCCAUAGUACGGCAGUCCUCCUUGCGGAUCCUGACUUUCGAAUACGCAGAGCAAAAGGGCAAACUAAGGUCACCUUCCAUGGAGAGGUUGCGGUCGCUGUUGCCAAUUCGCACGUGGGGAUUGGCGAUGCUGUUCACCUAAGCCUCGAAGGUGCUCAGUGGGCGCAGUCAAGCGAGGAUGUGUCUGUGGUGGGAAAAAGAGCCGACUGGGAUCUGGAGUAUGUCGGACAAGUGUUCAUGGAAAUACAGCGGGGCUUGAUUCCACUCGCUGUGGUGGACGUUUCUCCCCUUCCAGAAUCCCUGGAUGGCCCACUACGUGAGAUAGAUGGUAAUGGAGGAGUCAAAACCAGAGCACCUCGGACAAGCAGGACUCAGGAGUUGUGGCCUUCGCCUGCAUUCGCCAAGCCGAAUGUGCAUCUGACAGAUCCAUCGGUACAAGUCAAGGUGAGCUCUGCCAUUGAAGAAGAUGGAUAUAUUCCUGGCAGUGGUAGAAAGCGAACAAGAUUCUCGCUUGAUAGUGGGUCAUGGCGUUACCUGGAAAGAAGCUCUAGCCCUGAGGACGGUAACCAAACCCCAGACCAUGCGGAUCCGCCAUUCAAUCAAGAACAGGUCGUCGAUACCACCUGUAUUGCAUGGGACACAGAUAACAAGCACCGAGAUAUUGAUGCAGUCGACUCGAGAGUUUCGCAGCAGCCAUGCUCGCUAACACCACGUCACCACGCUGUCACAAAUCAUGCAGACAAAGCGCCGGAGGCUCUGAUGCCUCCACCAACACUGGAUCUAGAACAAGAUCAGAUCAUAAACGGUCCCUCCAAUACAAAAUCGCCAGUGAAGAGCGAAUCUAUUCUUACGCCGCAAGUAGAAAGGCAUCUAGGGGCCGAACAUAGCCCUACACCUCCAAGCACUAGUACCCCGAUUUUGCGCCCUUUGGCUUCGCCAGGACUGCCCCUUAUUUCUCCCCUUGUCGGGCGGCAUGGUGGUGUCACUGGAUAUUUUCCCCCGGUUUCAAAUGUGCAAUCCGAGCUCCACUCGAGUGCAGAAAUGUUUUCUCAAGAAGCUCUAAAAGGGAAUCAGUCUAGUGUUACUCUGCCUCCUCCCUCAAGCCCAACGUUCCCUUACCAAAUUGAGAAGAGCUUUUCGGAUGAUGCUAUGAUCAUCAGUGAUCCACACCCAGCUGGUCAAACAGUUGACUUGAUUUCACUAGGGGAUGAGACUCAGGAAUGGCAGAGACCGGAGGCAGGCGCUGGUUUGCAUGCUGCUGCUUCUGAAGCAAAAUAUGACGCAGACGACAUAAGACAACCUCUCAUUUCACUUGAGGGAUUCGAGCUUGUCGAUGACAGUCCUAUUGAGCCGCAGCCUGUCGACCGAACAAGUUUUAGGAGUGUUCCUGAUAAAGCUAGCACCAGCACGGCAGAGGUCACUUCGCAGAAAUCUAUCAUACAAAAUAUCGUCUCUAGCACAACUUUGGAACAGUCUGUGCCUCGGUCUCCUCAUAAGGUCGGAGGUGACUCGAACCAGGCCGUUAUUCAGUCAGAUAACAGGGUUGUAAAUAAUUCGCCAACCAAGCAACCCUCCAAGCUAUCGACUGAUCAGCUGAAUACCACGUCCCCUUCACACGUAGAGCAGAAAAUUGGUGAAAUCAAGCAGAAUCAUAUUGGGCACGAAGAUAAUCCGUAUAAUGGGAACAAGCAGCAAGACAUUGAGCAGAAUCACACUAUCUCCGUUCCUCUUCCUUCACCGCUAAGACUCCUGGAUUGGACUGAGGCUCUCGAAGUGUCGGCCCAUGACGUUGAGGACGAUAGCCUUCGCAUCAGUGCACCACCAUUUCCAUUCAAACAGGGAUGGGACACCAGAGCUAAGAAAGAGAGCAAGGCUCGUCAAAGAGUACAAAAAUUGCAAACCGCCGGCCUCUAUACGGCUCUUCGUGAGUCAUACGAUGGCGCUGGAGAGGGAGACAGGAGUUCUUCUGCAGAACCGUCGGAUGUCGUUUCAAGUCUUGAUAGUCGGGAAAGGAGUCUGUCCUAUGAUGAGAACGGUAAUCUGAAUCAAAGGGAGGUCGCAGCGCCUGAUGAGAUAUCCGAACCUGAAAGCAGUGACUCGGCGCUUACAGAUGGAGACGAGAGCAUCCUAGAGGCCGAAGGCAACCAUUCGGAGGAUAUCCAGAUCGUUGAGCUAGAAUCCGGCAAGGAUCAUCAGCUGGUAGUUCCAGAGCUAGAAAUGCAGCCUGGCCAGGGCACCGAGCAGGAGAACUUUUCUCAAUCGGUCGAUUCUGAUGCGCCCAUGAUCGAUGACGAAGAUGGCUACCAAUCCCCAACCCCAAUGGAAGUGAUGGACUUAGCCCCGCGGCUACCAGAGAUGCCACGGUCACGAUCACCGUCUAUAACCCCAGAGGAGGAUACUAGCCCAUUCACUGCUUCGUCCACUCCGUUGCCUCAGUUUCCUUCUGAUCUCCACAUAGAGGAACACAAAGCGGCUCAGCUGAAAGUUGAGCAGCUAGCAACUCCGGAUAAUACUCAAGAUGAACCCCAGAAUGCGCAAUUCCGAGGUUUACGGAAUAAGCUGCACAAGGAGAAGCCAUUAACUGAGCUGCUUUCUUCGCCGCAAAACACACAAGAUCUCCAAGAAAAGGAACCGCUAGGUGCAAACGAAGAACGAGAGAAGACGUCCACUGGUCCUUCGGCUGGGCCACCCAGACCCCACCUUGGUGAAAGUGAAACUGAUGCAAAUCUUACUACAUCAUUUUCUGAAGAGACAAGGCGGCGCCGAUCUUCCCGUCUGUCUGGGAAGAUGCCACUGUUAGGUAAAGACCCCUCUGAAAUCGUCAGUCCAUACUUUACUCCAAAGAGGGCAAUACAAGACGGACAGCAAGAUCAAGAUCCCUCAUCUCCACUCCGCCAACCUAUCAGUCCGAGCUCAAAGCCACGAGAUAAUGUGGUGGUUCUGAUCCCUCCACCAACAGAAAAACGUUCUGAGCCCAACAUUCAGCAAUGGUCUGUCACCCCAACGCCCUUGACAUCCACGAAUUCUUCUCUGAAGAGAGACCCAGCUGAUGGGAAAGGCUUUACAACACCCCACUCGUAUUAUCCAUCUCUCUCUUCCGUGCCAAACCAUUUCCAUGACCUACUCGACAUACUUGCGGUUGCUUCCUCAGUCUCGAAGCAGCCCCAACGGGCCAAAUCUGGACCAAAAGACUACUACGUCUCAAUGAGGCUCGCGGAUUCCUCUUGUGGCGCAGGUGAUACACUUUCGGUCCAGCUCUUGCGACCGUACAGAAACGCUUUACCCACAUGUAGACGAGGAGAUAUCUUACUACUCAGGAAUAUGAAGGUACAAACCUGUCCAGCGCAAGGUACUCGGCGGAAGAGCCAGGAAAGUAGAGAACUCGACAGUAUGAUGCUCCUUAGCACGAACAGCAGCGCCUGGGCUGUCUUUAAAUUCCCUUCUGCAGACUCUGUCUCGGCCGUGGAGGACAGGUCAAAUUCGGAAGAUGGAUCUGCCCGGUCACCAGAUAAAAGAGUUACGCCAGUCAAAAUGGACGUACAAGUAAGUGGGCCUCCGGUUGAGUUCGGUGCCGAGGAGAGAGCAUUCGCCAGAGGACUAAAUCAAUGGUGGAUUGAGGAAGGAGAGGCAGGCUUCCCUGAUAUACCCAGCAAACCAGGCCAGAAGAUGAAGCGCAAGGGAAAGGAGAAGUUGAACGAGCUGGAAAUACCAGAGGAGACAUUACAUGAGCACGAGUUGAGAGACGGUAUGGCAUACGGCGAUUUGAUUAGCCCGAGACCCCUACACGAACAUUUCCAUCGCAAUGAAAAUGGUCAUGUUGAAGACCACGAGUCAAGUCUCCAUGAACACGAACUGCGCGAUGGUGUGGCAUAUGGCGACACAAUCAGCAAGAUCCCUGUGCAUGAACAUCAUCAGCACGAACACCACGUUGAUCACACUUACAGCCGUGGUUCCAAUGCUCCACGAUGCGGAGAAACAGAUAGCAAAGCAGAAGAUGAAUCUAGCCUUCAUGAACACGAACUCCGGGACGGAACGGCAUACGGCGAUACCUUGAGUUCGAAGCCUAUACAUCGACAUUUCCAUGUUCACGACGAUCAUCAAGAUGGUCAAGAGAGCAGCACUAGCCAGCUUGUUCAGGAUGGCCACAACGCUAGUCUCACAUCUCCAGCCUCAGGUGAGGCCGACCGCUCACAUAGCUUGCGCAACGGGAUCUCAUAUGGAGACACAAACUCAAAAGGCCAAAAUACUUUAAUUUCCACACCAACAAAACCACGUACUAGGUCGAAACGAGGUGUUGCAAUCGAAGCACCAAUAGAGCAGAGCGAGUCUGAAUCCGAGGCCGAGUCUGAGGAUGCGUCUGAGGAUGCGUCUGAGGAUGAGUCUGAGGAUGAGUCUGAGGAUGAGUCUGAGGAUGAGAUGAGUCUGAGGAUUAGUCUGAGGGCGCAGGAAAUGCUGAGUGUGUGCACAAUGUCGGCAGUGGCAGGACAGAGACGGCCGCCGAGACUUCAGCUACGCGCUCAAGCAAGAACAUCCUAG